AUGGAAGCCCAUCUCUUGCUUAAAGACUUGAUAGCGCCCCAGUUGACCAAAGCUGAGUCUUACAGCUCUUUGGUUAAGGCGCUGACCAACCACCUGGCUCCCAAACCUACUAAGUUUAUGGAGCGAAUGGACUUUUUUGUGAAAGUCCAGGGCCCCGACGAGACCGCCUCCAAUUUCCUGGCGGCGCUACGUCGGGCCACCACCAGGUGCUCCUUUUCCGACCAGGCUGAAGCUCUCCUCAACCAGUUCCUCGUGGGACUACGGGAGCCUAAGCUCCGGAGGAGACUCAUCAUCCAGGACGACCUGGAUAUUGAUAAGGCAAUCAGAGAGGCCACCGCUUAUGAAAAAUCGCAUCACGACUGCCGUGCUACUGUCGGCUCUGACGCCUCGGACGAGGUGCUACAGGUCUGCCAUCGGCCGUCCCAGCGCCUGCAUGAGCCGUCCUCCAACUCAGGCAAAGCGUCGUCGGCUACCUCGGCCCCAUGCGCCAGCUGCAGGGAGGACCACGAACGAAGGUCUUGCCGGUUCCGGAAUGCCGUUUGCAGGACGUGCAAGGGUCCAGGGUCUACCGCUCCAAAGGACAGCGCCCGAAGACUUCAGCCCACCAGACCUCGACAGACCAGCUCAUCAAUCUCCACUCCCUCUCGGCCCACCAGCAGCAGCACCUGGCUUGGACCAAAGAAUCGCUGUGAAUGCGCUCAAACCAAGAUGACAGUCUAUCAGAUGGCGGACUAUAUUGCUAAGGAUCAAAUUGCCUCCAUCACGGAACGACGAGAGAAGGAAUUUGAAGAGUAUCAGAGAAGAUAUCCCACCAGGACAAAAGAUGCCAUUAUUGCUGCACCAAACACACCUUUAAGCUACCCCAUUUACGGUGCUGAAGUGAUGCCCUGGCACACCAUUGUAAUCCCAGGGCUUGGUUUCCAUGGCAAAAGUACAGAAAAAGUCCAGGUGGUUCUACGAGCCUCGCUUGGUACUUUGAACACCCUCGCUGAUACAUCCAAAGACGUGGUGCACGGGCGAGGGGGGAAAGAGCUGACCAUCUCCACCUCCAAUGUGAAGCUACUAAAUCACAUACUGGGACACGUCACGUACACCAGUACAGUAUUUCUAGUCAAUGCUGUAGACAUGGUGAGCUUUGAAACAGGGUCAUACCUUGUUAAAUUUCCUGUGACCAUCCGACAGCUGCCUCUUCCCAAGCUCUUUGACCCAGGAUCAGAUAACAACAUCCGGGACCUCGUGACCAUCACCACCAAGACUUUCUUGCGGUACCACAAGCUGCGGGUCCUCCUUAAAAGCAUAAGACAGUUUUACCCAGACAUCAAGGUGAUUGUGGCAGAUGACAGUGAGCAUCCAGAGAAGAUUGAAGAGGCCAAUGUCGAGCACUUCAUCAUGCCCUUUGGAAAGGGUUGGUUUGCGGGGAGAAACCUUGCUGUCUCUCAGGUGACAACCAAAUACUACCUCUGGGUGGACGAUGACUGCCUGUUUACCAAAAACACUAAGAUCGAGAAACUGGUUGAAGUGCUGGAGAACACCAACUUGGAUGUGGUAUGA